GGACCGGAAGUGCCCGCUGCCAUCACAUCACCGGGUUGCCCCACCGAGUGAGGGUUGCCGUGACAGCGGCGGACUCUCCAGUCGGAGUUCCCAGGCGCUCGUUGCUUGGAGCGGAGGCUGGUCGCUCGCUCGCCCGCUCGGCCUCGCCGUGUCCCCCGGCGCCUUUCGACCAGGCCUCUCCUCCGGCCUCGGGUGGCUUCCAUGGAGCGGGCGGCCGCUAUGACGGACAUGUACGACCAGGCGCUGCUGGGCAUCUUGCAGCAUGUGGGGAACGUCCAGGAGUUCCUGAACAUCCUCUUCGGCUUCUUGUACCGAAAGACCGACUUCUACCGGCUCCUGGUGCAGCCGGCCGACCGGCUAGGCUUCCCUCCGGGGGUGGCCAAGUGCAUGGCGCUGCGGGCUUUCAAAAACUUUGAACACCUGGCCCGCCAAGAUGAUGACAGAAGACAGCAAGAACUUCAGGAAAAAGUGAAGAAAAGAGAGGAGGACAUGGCAGCUGCAGGAGAGAGAGUGAAGGUGGUGCCAGCUGUAGCUGAGGAGGUUGAGAUCAGUGCAGCAGUGGGUGAUGACUCUGUAUCGGAGGGUGGAAAGGCUACAGAGUCACAGGAGCCCGUGGCAGUGGAGGAGAAAGUAGAUGCACAAGCCGCCAAUGCAGCCGUGGAGCCACCGGAGGCUGUUGCUGCCCCCUUAGAAAGUCAGCCAGCAGAGCUGCCCAGGAAACAGGAGCAGUUCCAGGCAAAUCCUGACAGUUACAAUGGAGCAGUACGGGAGAAUUACGCCUGGUCCCAAGACUACAGUGAUCUGGAGAUUAAAGUCCCAGUGCCCAAGCACAUUCUGAAGGGCAAGCAGGUUUCUGUGAACAUCGGUAGUAGUUCAAUUUGCGUGGCUGUGGUGGAGGGAAGUGGGCCGCGUGUGCUCAUGGAAGGCACCCUCACUCACAAGAUCAACACAGAGAACUCUGUCUGGAGUCUGGAACCAGGAAAGUGUAUCCUCAUUAACCUGAGCAAAGUAGGUGAAUACUGGUGGAGUGCCAUCUUGGAAGGAGAAGAGCAGAUUGACAUUGGUAAAAUCAAUAAAGAACGUUCAAUGGCUACGGUGGAUGAAGAAGAGCAUGCUGUGCUGGACAGGCUAUCCUUUGACUACCACCAAAAGCUGCAGGGAAAGCCACAGAGCCAUGAGAUGAAAGUCCACGAGAUGCUCAAGAAGGGCUGGGAUGCCGAAGGCUCCCCGUUCCGAGGCCAGAAGUUUGAUCCCUCCAUGUUCAACAUCUCUCCUGGGGCAGUGCACUUUUGAUGAUGGCACCGAGGAUGGGAGAAUUGCCUACCUGCCGGGGAGAGUAGGAUGAAACUGAUGCCACUGCCACACUCCUCCCCUCCUGCCAGCAAUGUCAAUCAGCCCCUUUGUCCCUGCCUUGUUACCUGGGCUUGUUUGCAAAAUGACAAAGGACUUCAAAAUAGCCAGAAUGUGGGUUUGCUUUUGGGGAGGGGGGAGAGGGAAGUGCAAUGUUGAGCGAGUCCUUCCCUCCAGCACCAGGUUGGUGCAUUUAAUAUGUAUGUGGGGGAAGCCUAGCAAAAAGCAGCCUUACGUACUGUGUCACCACGGCAACCAGCAGCUGCUGGUAGCAUUUCCUCUCCUCUCUUGUUAAUGGAUUGCUUUGGGGAGGGGGGUUGAUUGAAGGCAGUAUUUCCCCCCACCACCUCUUUUUCAGAAAUACAUGCAGUUUGGCCAAAUGAUGGCGAGAUUCUCUCCUGUUUCUUUGAAGCUGUCUUCUAUCCCUGGUUCCAUCUUUCAGGAAACCCAAUCUCCUAAUGGCACCAGGCAGCACAGCCUCCUUUAAACACCAGCAAUCUGCAAUCAGUGUCAUUUUAGCAGCAUCUUAAUUGCUAGGUUUGGUCCUUGAGGCCCUGGCAGUGGGAGGUAAAUGUUGCAGGCUCAGACUAAUAGCUGAAAAGGAGCCAGAACAGAAGGUGACACUUGAUAGCUGUAUCUUUACUGUAGAUCUCUGGUGGUCUGUGACGCUUUGGCAUUGAAUUUGAAAAAUAAGGGGGGGGGAGAGACAGACUUCUCCUGAUUGCAGUGACUGGAUGACUUGGUGCUCAGAGAGCGGCAGUUCUCUGUGAGUCUCAGUCUGUUCUUAGUUUUAUCCAAAAGUGCUUGAUAUUAAGCUUCAGAGUGUAGACAUUAGUUUAUCUCCCUCCCUCCUCUCUUAGGGCCAAACUAGCUGAUACAGCAAGUGUGGGAUUGUAUUUAAUUAUCUGACUUUUUUCAAAACAACAACAGCAACAGAUCUUUUUAUGGAAAAUCGGGACCGCAGGGUAGGGUUUAACCUCCCCCUGUGUACUGCAAUCCCGUCCCCCCCGCUCUUUUCAUCAGAAAAUAUAUAUGCUAUGGUUGCCAAUGUAGCUUUCCUUUUAGGUGGGGGCAGCGGGGUUGGGGGUGGGUUUGAUGGGACGAUAGCAUUGGAAGAAAGGGUUAAAUUUACCUGACAGCUCAUGACUGCAGAUAGCGAUGGCUUGGCCCACCUCAGCAGGUUAUCUGAAUCUAUGAGCACAUUUAGCACAAUAGUGGCUCUUCCCCUAAAUUCUGCUUCAGAGGAGGCAAGGUGUGCCAUUUGAAUUUAAGAAUCUUAUUUCUGCUUAUUGUCAUAUAGCUGGCAACCUGUUACAGGGGUUAGUGAGAAAUACAUUUGAGGAAGCGAAAAGUCAUGGCUCUUGAAGUUGUCCUAUUGUUCUGGCAAUAUCCAUACCUUUAAAAAAAAUGUUAUAAGACCCAUAGAGAAAGCAGCCGUUCCAGAUCUAAUAAUAUUAUGUGCAUGUCUGCCAUUAAAAAUUGGCAAGAAAGUCAAAGCUUCAAGAACGACAUCACCUGUCAAAAUGUAAAACACAUUUUAGGUUUGUUCAUAGUUGCGUAGUGGGCCAUAUAAAGGCGUAAGUGUUAUCUCCACUAUUUUACACUUAAGAAGGGAAGUAAACGAUAAAAUACAUAGUACAGUGAGAUAUUCUUGGUGCUUGUGAUACCCAAUAUAGAAUUACAAUACGCAAAAUUCAGCUGAGCCCACCAGUAUAUCGGCUUUUAGGUGCGAGAUGUAGGGCACAUACCAGACCAAGCUCUUGGCUUCCGAAUUAGCAAAUCUGACAAUCCUCACAACUUCAAACAAGUCAAAAGAGAAAACUGGAUAACUAGUCUCCAGUACAAUUCUCGGCUCACCAUAGACAACUUUAAAGAAAGCUUGACCAUGAGAGAGCAAUAGGGAAGGUGGCUGUUCCAUAUAUGGUAGGAAUAUGUUUGACCGCUGUUUUUAAAAAAUCCCCACAUCACAAAACAGUCCCUGAAGCUGGCAGAUUUUCAGCUGUAGUGUGGUGGAUGCAGCAGAAAUCCCAGUCACACAUGCCCUAGGAGUUUUCUGGACUCGUUUUCGCAAGGGGCCUAUGCUUGUUUCUGAAGACAUCAGUUGCCAUUUGAAGCAGAAGAUCAUGUCCGGUGUUAGUCCUACUCAGAGUAGGCCCAUUGAAUUUAAUGGAUGUGGCUAACUUAGGCUCAUUAAUUUCAACAGGUCUCCUCUGAGUAAAACUUACAUUGGCUACAACCCAGUUUUGUUUCUUUCUUGAAUGACUUGAUCCAUGACAAAGGGAAUGACAAAGAACUUGCGAUGUCUAUGUUGGCUGUAGAUGUAAGAAAGAGAGGCUAGGUGAUUUUUUUGGGAUUUUUGCAGGUAGCUUAUAUGUCAUUCAUAUAUGACUUUCAUUGUAGGCAUAAAAGUAAGUGGAGAGAAAAGCACACAGCUUCCUGACCAGUCGGUCAGUAGGAUGCCAUCCUGACAGAAGGAUGGCUGUUACUCACAUGCAACAUGAAUGUUACCGCAACCUUUUGUCUUCUGAAUGGGCAUUUCACAAUAGUACGUUUCCCAAACACUUUGUGGACCUACUACCUGCAGUCUAUCAUUAUUCUACUGUUUAGGAAGGCAAGUGGGUGGUGAAAGAACGGCCCCACUGAUCAACACGUUCCCCCUUCCUUUUUAAAACAAUAAUUUUAUUCCAUCUAAAGCACCUAAAAUCAACUAGGCAACAGUCUUAAGUUGUUUGCCUAAUGCACAGUGGGUUUGUAUGAUUUAUGGUCAAUAUUUGUGGGUGUCCACCACCUUGAGUUUUGUGGUUCCAAUGGGCUUGACUAGGACUAGCAUUCCCAAGACUCUGCUGACAAAUCUCAAAGGGGUGGGUUUCUUUAGGACUUGUACAUCCCCUCAGCCCAGCCCCUGCCCAGCUUCAGUAGGUCUGUCCACUCCAACCUUCUGACCUCCUUUUGGGCUUCCUAAUGGUGAAAAUAGUCUAAGACUGCAUGACCUGGAUUAGUUUUUUGGGUUAUAGGUUGUUGUUUUUUUGCAAGCAUGAACAGUGGGUAUUAAAACUGUGCUGUUCUUUUUAAAAAAUGACCAAAACCUUCCUUGGAAUAUCUGUUGUACUUGUAGGAGUGGGGAAACAGAUGUGCCUUGAAAUGUUAAAGACAGUGACUACUUGAUUUUGAUUUUUUUGUCCUACAGGUAUUUGGGGAAAGCUAGCAUCUUGCCAUUUUACAGAUUUAUGUUCAAAGAGUUGACUGUCCUUGCUCAGACAAAAUGCCUUCUUCUAAAAGAAGAAAAGUGAGAUGUCCUCACUUAAGCACUGGGGACUGGCCUCUUCCCACAAAAUGGGACAGAUGGAGAAAUCUCGCUUGCUUUCCGUGCCUCGUCUCUCAAUCAAUCCUUGUGCUGAGCCACUCGAUUAAGCCUUAAAGUUCCGUGCAGGGCUCCCUCAUAGGCCAGCUUUGUCCAAAUAGAAGACAGUUCCCAACACUAUUUUCUUCCUAGCAGAGACAUUUCUACCCAACUAGUCUCCAGCCUAUGCCUUCUGGCAGCUUGGCUUUCUUUCUGUUCCAACUGAGUUCUGAAGCUGCAACAUUGCCAUGACACUGAGCAGGGUAUGUCUGGGACAAGUCAGCACACUUUGUGACCCUUCAGGCCAAGCAAGCUUCUUCAAGGUCCUGAUAAACUUCCACUUCUGUCAGACUGUAGAAACAAAGUAGGGUGAGAAGGGAGCAUUGUUGAGGACUUGAUAGGUCUGAAAAUGCAUGACUUGGUGGAUCUCAAGUUACCCAAGCUUGGUCUAAGUUUACUCAUGGUCAAUUUUUACUUCCCACCUAUCUCUUCCUACUCCCACCUGGAAAUGGGUUCUCUCUGGCAGCUGCUGACAACACUCCCUUCAUUUUGGUUGUCUACAAGCUACAGUUUGCAUAUGAUGCUAGCGUCUUUGCUGAACCGAGGGACAGUGCUCUCGACCUGGCAUCUGCUCUUUCUUGUAGCACACACUCUUUACCUGCUUGCAAUAAAGAACGCGAUGUCAAAGCA